AUUCUGUAAACAGGGGAUCAAACAGAUCUCCUUUCUUCAGAAAAGGCCCCAGACGAACCCGAAGCAGGUCCUCGAGCUGCGAGCCACCCUCCACUUGCCACUCAACGUAGUCAGCCAGAGGGACGGAUGUGGCACACAGCACCGCCUUCUUUCUAAACGCCUCAUCACCCUAGCCACGCACCCCGGCGCGGCGCCCCGUCCCGAGCGGUUCUCGGAAGUUUCCCACUCCUCCCCUAAUCACCCUCCACGCACGCCGGAUCGCGACCGGAACGUGGAGAACCAGUGGUUGUUCCUCCCCUAAAGCACAGCAUAAAUUUGGAGAGAUGCAUCUAAACUGCCUGUGGGUCCGGGCUCUUUUAGGUGAAGAGCGCACGGCGGAUCGACUUCUUCGAUUAUCUCCGUGCCCUGGACCCGCCCCCUCCGCCUGGCGCCAGGCCGCUGAGCGCCGAUCGGCUCGAUGAGCGGAGGCGCUGCUGCGGCGCUGCGGCCGACGCCGGGUCCGCACCAGCUGUCUCCCCCUCCCAGCUUUUUACCUCGGCUUCCCACUCCUUCCCCCGCCCGCCCAGCACCGCCAGCCCGGGAAAGCUGCCGGGAGUUCCCCGGGAGCCUCAGGUGGUGACUGUCCUGUUGAGAAGCAAAAGAUACUUCACAAGUAGAAAAUAUGCCUCCCAAGUUUAAGCGCCACCUCAAUGAUGAUGAUGUCACGGGUUCUGUGAAAAGUGAAAGGAGAAAUCUUUUGGAAGAUGAUUCAGAUGAAGAAGAGGACUUUUUUCUAAGGGGACCAUCUGGACCAAGAUUUGGACCUAGAAAUGACAAAAUUAAGCAUGUUCAGAAUCAAGUGGAUGAAGUUAUUGAUGUCAUGCAAGAAAAUAUUACAAAGGUAAUUGAGAGAGGGGAGAGACUAGAUGAACUACAGGACAAAUCAGAAAGCUUAUCGGAUAAUGCAACAGCUUUUAGCAACAGAUCCAAACAACUUCGAAGGCAAAUGUGGUGGCGUGGAUGCAAAAUAAAAGCCAUCAUGGCUUUGGUUGCUGCUAUCCUUUUGCUAGUGAUUAUCAUUCUUAUAGUCAUGAAAUACCGUACUUGAUUUGAUGACAGAGAUCUUCAUUAAACAAGAUCUGGGACAGUAAUAAAAGAUUGCUGCAUAAUUUAAAUGAAACCUAUGUGUAUAUAACUUUCAAAACUUCUUUUUCAAGAAACUAAGAGGCAAGUAUCACUUCAAAUUGGAACGUUGAGAAUGUCCAAUUAUCUUCUCCCCUUCUAACAAAAUGUUCUUUUAAUAAUUAUGUUUAAGGCAAAGAGAACUAGCCUCUAUUUUUCCAUAUUUCAAGGAUCUAAUUUGAAACUAGAUACUUGCCAGUUCAUUAUUUGUGUAUAUAGUUAAACACUGAUUAUAAUAUUUCAUACUAAUAUUUUAAUGGCAUAAGGACUUGCAUUAUUGCAUUAGGGAGCGGGUCAUGCUGGGGGUCAGGAAGCCUGUGUAGAGUACCAAAUUAUAUGCUGAAAGAGAUGCAUAACCAUUCUGUCAAUAUUUGCAGAAAUAUAGUUCCUUUCAUAUUACAGUUGUUUUGCAAGCAAUUUCCACAUUUAUAGGUGUAACAAAAGCUAAAUGUUGUAAAUGUUGUUGCCUUCAGCUAUAACUAAAAACAUUCCAGUAAAUAUAUUUUUGACUGUGUAAGAGAAUGUGUAGUAAUUUUUUUGGCAUUUGGAUUAUGGAAAUGGAAAUUUUUAAACAGUGUGAAAAAACAUGGUAUGGCACCAUAAAACUGGAGAUAAUAAAGUUAUUGAAGAGUGUCAUUGGAGUAUUUGAAAAUGACCAAUAUAUAGCUGCCGGUCAUGGUCCAGUCUGUUUUCAGUUAAACUCCAAUAAAGAGAGACCAGUCAGUCCUAAUGUGAGUAAAUGAAAUUUACAGGUAACUUACUCCUUAAUUUUAUUUUAGUUAAUAGCCUCUAACUUCCAACUAUCUCAUUUACCAAAAGUACAAAAAGUAGCAAAACCAUCUAUUAAUACUUUGAAUUUUAUAUCUUUGCAUUUCGUGUUCAUCCUUGAGGAGAUGUAUGUUGCAUAAUCAAAUUUUGCAUCAGCCAACAGUAAUGAGUAGUAGAAAGUCAGGAACCUAGGUAUAUAUAUGUGUGUGUGUGUGUGUGUGUGUGUAUAUAUAUAUAUAUAUAUAUAUUUGUAUAUAUAUAUGUGUAUAUAUGUACAUAUAUGUAUAGAUAUGUAUAUAUGUAUAUAUAGAUAUGUAGAUAUGUAUAUAUGUAUAUAUAGAUAUGUAGAUAUGUAUAUAUGUAUAUAUAGAUAUGUAUAUAUGUAUAUAUAUAUACACACACACACACACAUAUAUACAUACAUACAUACAUAUGAUAAUCAGUCAGUCGGUAACCAAAUGCUAGAGAGUGACCAUUAACCUAAGCCUGUUUUUAUAAUGAAAAAAUGUGUUAACUUUAAAAUAUGCCAACCUCCUUGUGUCUUUUAAACAAGUCAGAGUGAAAAUACAUUGUCCCCUAAGGUGUGGGGAGAGGAAGCUUUAUAAUAAAAUUAGUGAUUCUGCAGAAACUUGUGCACUGGAUAUCUUGAGAAUAUGAAUAUAAAACUCCCUAAAUUAAAAAUAGGGUUAAUAGAAAUUACCAGUAUUUAAAUAGGGAAAAAUGAUUUUAUGUUUAUUUUAUUUAGGUUUUAUUUAUUUCUUUGGUCAUCUUAAUGCAAAAUGAAUAAAGCAUAGAAUCUGGGUUUGUCUGUUUUUAAAAUUCUACAAGAUUAUUACUAGGAGGCAAAAAAUGCUGUUUAGAAUGGAAAGAAAUUUGAAGAGAGAAAGCAGACUGAGACACUCAAGACAGCUGCAAGUUAUCUAAGAAGAUCUAAAUAGAAUUACUAAAUUUUAUAGUUUGCUUAGAGCAUUUAGAAGGAGAUAAAGGUCUUACAUACUAUAGUGUAUUGUCUCUGGUCUCUAUGCUCUUUGUAAAUGUCAAUUAAUGUAAACAGCAUCUGAACUGCUAAUAAAUCUUUUAAGAUACCCAGAAAAAUGAGCAUUUUUAGAAUUUCAGUAGCUAAUAAUUCAGGAAUGGAAAUAUUUUAACUGAAUGGACAGAAUCAGUCCUAACAUUUGUAUGUAUGUCCUUUAUUUGAAUUGGAACUAGGCUCAUAAGUGGUUAAUUUUCCAUUAGUUGAUGUAGCAAUCUGGUUUCUCCAUAAUAUCUACAAGUGAAGAUGAAGAUUACUUCUCAAAAAGUAUCCAUAUUUCCAGUGUUUCUUUUAAUACAGUAUGCCACUUUUAAAUAAAUAAUUACAAAAAGUAAAAUUAUAAAAUUUUUAAAUUUAAAUAAUAAGUAACAGUAAAAUUUUUUGACAAUAUAUAUGUCACUGUCUUUGUAAUUUAAACAUAUUGCUGCCUGGGAUAUGGGUAACAGACUUAUCACUCAUAGAAUUUUGUAGUAGUGAUGGCUUGGUUUGAGUUUAUCAUUUCAUCUUUCUUGGUCUUGAUUAAUCCUGAAAUCCUUAAAAUGGCUGGCAUGGUUAUGACUUUAUUGUGGUAACCUUGGAGAUAUAAGCCCUCUUACGAUCAAAAACAGAAGAAAAAAAUAUAUUGUUCAAACUGAUGCCAGGCCUACCUUCGUUCCCUCCCUUAAUUACUUUUUUUCUCAUUCAGCUCAGAUCAUCCUGCACUUGAAAAAUGAAGUUUUACCACCAUCAAAACUAUCAUUAUUUAACAACAAGUGAAGAUCAACAGAAAAAUUCAAGUAGCUUUGCAAAUACUAGUUGAUACUCAGUGAAAUCACGUCACUAUUUUGAUGCCGAAUCCAUACCCUUGUGAUUUAUGUUUAAUUACAGAAGCCUAUUGCCUUGCAGCAAUUUUGUUGUUAUAAUACUGAUUAAUUGGUUACUCCUUCUUAUUAUAACUCAGUAAUACCUGUGGUCAUUUGGUUCCUCUAUCCUGACAAAGUUCACUGGAAAUUGCCCUCAGAUUUUAUAAACUGGGGGAUUUCUUAAUUAGAUAAAAGUUCACUACUGAAGAUGGAAUAUUAUAUAAGAUGGAGGAAGGGUAAUUAAUAGACAUGAGAUAUAGAAAUACUUUGUUAGCCCUCCUAUAGAUUGCCUAUUGUAGUCUUUCUGUGCAUUUCAAUACUCUGUAUUAGGAAAUUAUAACUUCAGCACUUUUGAUAGCAAAAAUUGGCAUCUUUCAAUUCUGUAUAGUAUGUGGCUAUCCUGUAAAUGAUAAUAUGUGUACAGACUGAGAAGGCAGGAAUAUAAAGAAAUUGAAAUCUCUCAUUGCCGGUAUACUCUAAAACAUGCUUGAUACCUUGUCAGCAUCAUUGCCCACAUUGACUCUGUAUUUACAUCUGUAUAUACACUAUGAUUAGAAAAUAUGCAAGAUAUUGUUUUUCCAUGUUAAGAACAAAUGCCAUUAGAAGAUGUCCCCUUAAUUGUAUUGUCAGAGUAUUACUAUGUCGAGGAUGACUGUUCUGUUAACCUAAUUUUGUGUUUUCACAUGGAAAUGUGAUUGGACUCCAUUUUUCUGUGAGUUGAGAGUAAGAGCAUAAGUCAGUUUGAAAGCAUUUACAAGUUUGUUUUAAAAUAUAGUGUAGUGCUUAUAUUUGUGCAGGAGAUUGCCACAAAGCAGUAGAAAGACACUGGAUUCUAAGGGCUGAAAGGUGCUCUACUUCUUGACUUGUUUUUUCCAUGUUGUAGACAAAUGACAUCAUGCUUUAGAUUGAUGUAGGGUUUAGAUCCUCUUUAAUACUUUGAGAUAGUCUUAUUCUGAUUUUUUUUUCUUCUGGAAACCAAGUAGAAUUAGGGAUGGGAACACAAAUGCAUUUAUUCUGGCCCCUGUUUUAUUCCAAGAAGCUUCUUGGAACAAAUCAGUAGGAAUUGAAAAGAAAGCAUGACCAACCCAAUUACAGGGGAUAAAUGUAAGCUUGUUAAAGUAAGCACCACACCACACCAUGUUUCUGUCUCCCCAGCACCCAGCACAGUGCUGUGAACCUUGGCAGAUGCUAGAUAAAUGUGUGUUGAAUGAAUGUGCCUAUGAAGCCACAAAGAUGCCACAUGUUAGUAUAUCAGUGAGAGGUGACUCCACAGUGCUCCCUGGAGAAGCAAUAUGAGUGACUGAAGAGUGGGGCCUUUUGCUUUUGCCUGGAUAUAGGGGUGCUCUUCUACUGUAAUUGGGUGUGGAAAAACUCUGGCUUUAUGGUAUUCCAUUAGGUUCUUUUCUUUUAAAGUAGUCUUAAAAUCAAAGUAUCCAAUAUUUUAAAGCCGCAAAGUAGAUUACAUAAUUAGCAGAGAUUUUAGUCAGUAAAAUGUUAGAAAUCAAACUAUAAGAAAAUUCAAGCCCUUUAUUUUGUGUCUUGGGUAUAUGUCAUUAUUUUAAAUUCCACACUCCCUUAUUUAAUCACUUUGGUAAGUGCCUUUGAUGUUUUGAAAUGUAUAGUGGGAGAUGAGCAAAUGUAAAUGUCAUGUGCCCUGUUCCCUAGCUUCUCAAUUCCUCAUAACCAUUUUUACCAGUGUUGCAAAGUUUAGACCUUUGUGUUAAUAUCAGAAGUAUAUUUGUAGCCCCUCCAUAGUGAACAAUGAAAUAAACUAUUUCAUAGAAAACAAAAA